UCUUAGCGUUUCAGAACCUUCAGCUCCAACGCUGCCCCCCUGUUCCCUCUUCUUAAGCAGAGGGAUGAGUCGCUGUAAAGAAUACCUAAAGGGCUUUCUAGCCCAGGUGGAAGCUAAGGCGGGGCAGGAGAAAGGGCAGCUGGCUGAGGAAUUCCAGGAAGAACGGGUGAUUUUCCAUUUCCAGUAUGUGGCUUGGCCAGACCGAGGCAUCCCAGACACUUAUGGUUACUUCCUCAACAUGAUUGAGCAAGUGAGAUUUAAGCAGGGUGAGGACACCGUGCCCAUCUGUGUGCACUGCAGUGCUGGCUGCGGUCGGACAGGUGUGAUCUGUACAUUGGAAUAUGUACGGCAGCUGCUGCUUAAAGAGAGGAUUUCUCCAUAUUUCAGCAUUUUUGAUAUAGUCCUAGAAAUGAGGAAGCAGAGGCCAGCUAUUGUCCAGACCCAGGAGCAGUAUGAGUUUGUGUAUCGUGCAGUCACUGAAAUGUUCCGGGAUGCCCUGGGCAUUUCCUGUCCAAAUUAUGAAAAUCUCAAAGAGAAUCGUCUUCCCCUUUAUGACGACGCCCUCUCCCUCCGGCAACCAACUGCUCCCUUGCUCAAGCGAAGCUCCAUCCUCCGGAGCAUCUCAGUGCCUGCUGAUCCAACACCAGCACCCCUUCCCGAACAGCCAAGAAAACCCGUCAAGAACAUGGGUGACACUUAUGCUGUUGUGAACAAAUUCCGGCGAAAUGGAGCAGGAGCUUCUUCUGCUUCUCCUGCCAGUGAGGACAAGUCCAUCGGAGAGGCACAGCAUUAUACUGCUGUGAAGCCACACAACAGCACCGUGGCUGACUUUCCAUCAAUAGACCCCAGUGCCUUUGCAGGAGUACAAGCCAGUCACUCUCUGCCUGGAAGUCCUGUACACAAGGCAUCACCGAAUACAGCUUGUGAAAAUCCCCGUCUUAGUUCAUCUCUGACAGGAGAGUCCAGUUCUGGAGUCACCUCCUCUCCAUCUCACACAAACGGACUUGGAAAAACUCUUCUCAGGAAUCUGAUGCCCCCAGCUUUUAUCUCCUCGUCCGGAAAGAAAGUACCAUCAUUGUCUCGGACUGUCCCUAUGCAAACCUAUGAGGAUGUGGCCGACCCCGCACUCAGGACUUGCCCAAAUACUGCAGGGUCUUCUGCCAUGGGAUUUAACAUCCGGAUUGGGAAGCCAAAAGGACCAAGAGACCCUCCUGUUGAGUGGAGCAGAGUGUAAGCUGCACUUCUGAGAAGGACAUUCUUUAGCAGCAGGGAGGAAAGAAGGCUGCUACUUCUACUAAAAAGGGGAGCACUAAAUACUAGAUGCUCACCUCCUUCAUAAGGAGCAACUACACAAAAACAGCAAGUUUUUCUGACCACAGAGGACAGCUACUAUGAGCAGCUAAAGCUCAGGACAUUUCUAAGACCAAAUCCUCCAGUUAGAAGAACAUAUUUUGACAUGAACUUUUCUUUACCAGAUCUUGUUGGUGGGAGCCAAGAGCGUGGCUGGCUUGGAGAUUUUCAGCAAUAAUCAUUUAGACCCAACACUGGGUAUAAUCAUGCCAGGGAAAUCUGGAACAGGUAGCCAAUUAAACAAAAUAUGUAAUGUUCUCCUUAAGUGGAUGGUUC